UCCCCCUUUAGCUAUCUCUGAGUAAUACGGCCUUUUUAAAGUUCCGAAGGGGAAAGGGGAAGGGAGACCUGAAAGAGAAGAAAAGGAUAGGAACUUUAGGGGACAGGUCUCUGGUCCAUAAAAACGGAAGAAAUCAGUCGAAUGGAAAAUAUUUGUUGAACAUAUAUAUAUAUUUUUGUAUUUUAUGAAGAUAUAUAUUAUAGGGUGUAUAUCGAUUAUACGGGUAGCUAACUGCUAGCCAUCAAGCUAUUUUGGCGUGCUAGCUGCGAACAGACCGACAGCAAGGCAGCUAGCAUAAUAACCAAACGACAAAGGAAAUAAAGCCAGCAAACUAGACUUAAACGAAAAUAUCCUUUUGUAUCUUUCGCCCGCUGUGGGUUGGGGCCUUAGCUACUUUUGACUAACCUGCGAAAUUCUACCAAGCGAAAAGCCUGACUGCCUGAAAAAAUCUUCAAAAAUUAAUUAAAAUGGCGGAGCCGGACAAAUUAAACAUCGACUCCAUAAUACAGCGUCUUCUGGAAGUGAAGGGCUCUCGGCCAGGCAAGAAUGUGCAGCUGACAGAGAACGAGAUCCGUGGCCUCUGCCUCAAGUCCCGGGAAAUCUUCCUCAGCCAGCCAAUCCUGCUGGAGCUCGAGGCGCCACUCAAGAUCUGCGGUGAUGUACACGGCCAGUACUACGACCUGCUGCGGCUCUUUGAGUACGGUGGCUUUCCUCCCGAGAGCAACUACCUGUUCCUGGGCGACUACGUGGACAGAGGCAAGCAGUCCUUGGAGACCAUAUGUCUGCUGCUGGCCUACAAGGUGAAAUACCCCGAGAACUUCUUCCUGCUGCGCGGCAACCACGAGUGCGCCUCCAUCAACCGCAUCUAUGGCUUCUACGACGAGUGCAAGAGGCGGUAUAAUAUCAAACUUUGGAAGACCUUCACAGACUGCUUCAACUGUUUACCUGUUGCUGCCAUUGUAGACGAGAAGAUCUUCUGUUGCCAUGGCGGACUCUCUCCUGACCUGCAGUCUAUGGAGCAGAUUCGUCGUGUGAUGCGUCCCACAGACGUGCCCGACCAGGGUCUUCUGUGCGAUCUGCUGUGGGCCGACCCCGACAAGGAUGUGUUGGGCUGGGGAGAGAAUGACCGUGGCGUCUCCUUCACGUUUGGUGCAGACGUGGUGGCCAAGUUCCUGCACAAACACGACAUGGACCUUAUAUGCAGGGCGCAUCAGGUGGUAGAAGACGGCUAUGAGUUCUUUGCCAAGAGACAGCUUGUCACUCUUUUCUCGGCGCCCAACUAUUGUGGAGAGUUUGACAAUGCUGGAGCCAUGAUGAGUGUGGAUGAGACACUCAUGUGCUCCUUCCAGAUUCUCAAACCUGCGGAUAAGAAGCUGUAUAGUUACGGUGGAGGAGGAGGUAUGGGCUCAGGCCGCCCAGUGACCCCGCCACGAAAUUCAGCCAAGGGUGCAAAAGCCAAGAAAUAACACCCGCUGGAUGUCCCCUCCCCCCCCCCCCGACAUUUCCUUUCUUUCCCUCCUCCUCUUUCUCUACCUCCCGCCCAUCUCUCCAUCUCUCGCCCACAUCACCAAACAGCAACAUAAGCAAAACUUAUACCCAGGGUUUUAGCCACCUCCCUUCUUUUCCUGUUUUCUUCUUUUUCUUUUAGUUUUUCUUUCAUUUUUUGUAAUUAAUAUCUUGUGAUGUAUGAGGGUGACGCUGUAUGCGUGUGUUUCCGUAUGUAUGUGUGCGAGGUUUGUAAAAUUCUUUGUGCUCGUCCUGCCUCCCUUUAACCCCCCCCCUAAAAUGUGUCUCCCCCCUUAGUCCUCUUAGGGAGAUGUCUGGUCUCAAAGGCAGCAGUGAGAAUGCACACCCAGGCACAAAGGAUGUGUUUUUGAAGUAGAAAAAGUCAAAUGGGAUGGGGUGGACAAAAUGUGGAGACGGGAGCAUAAGUAUGGGUGGAGCCACUGCUAUGUAUGUCCAGGCUGUCGUGUGUAUUAAUGCUGAACACAAACCUUUUAUCCUGUUGUCAGAGGGAGGACCAGCCUGUCUGUACUGUAACACAUUUAUACACAUGCACACAAUCUCUCAACCACUGAUACCAGGAUUCAACACGUGUAGACCGACUACAGGGGUCAGACAAAGGGGGUAUUGGUCUCUGAAACCCAGUGAUUUUUAACUCAAUCAUGGAUGUGAAAUUCUUAUUUUUUUCUUUUUCUCAAUGAUAAAUAAAGAGAACUGUUUAUUUAAAAAAACAAAAAAAAAACAAUGACGAAAUGCCCCACUUUGCUUACUGCUUGUUCCUGGUCAAGUUCACCUUUGCACCUUUCUGAUAAUAUUUGGACAAGUUUGUUGCUUUUUUUUGUGUUUGUUACCCUCCUCUCCUCUCUUCCCUUUUUGAAUAACGAGUGCUGUUUCAUUGGAGCCUCCAGAUCCCUUCAGGGUUGAAUAGCAGGGAUCUUUUGAUGAAUAACAACCACUUCCUGCCUGUCUACCCCUGACUGUACCCCCACCAAAAAAUCACUUUGGCCUUCUCUGAGUUUCAUUACCUGGAACUGACUGUAAAUACAAGGCCAGCCCCUCAUCAGUUAUGUCUUCAUCAACAGACCUCCUUUUGAUCCUUUCAAUAGAUCCCUCUCUUUUUUUUUGUCUUUAUCUGCCUACCAUCAAUUCUCUUCUUUUUUUUUUUCCUUUAAUUUUUUUCCUUAGUUGAUUAUUAUUCCUGUCUGGGCUGCAUACGUAGGUAAUGACCCUUGUUAAAAAUGGGUUUGGACAUUCAAAACCACUUUCAAUUUUUCUUUUUUUCACAUUUUUAUCAGGCUUUUCCAUUUUAAGGCUUUGUUGACUGUCAUCAGGAAGAUGCUAAGUGUUUUUUAACUAUCUGCUCGAUCUCUGUCUGUUGGCAACUGAAGCCGAGCUGUAGGUCUUGCCACUUGGAUGACUCCUCUGCUAGAGCAAGAUACAUGGUUAAUCAUGUUAUCUGGUUGCAGACAGUUGAUGUCUAGAGCACAUGCUAGAGUAGCGCCCCCUGCUGCCACCACAUAACACCCACACUUGAUGACAUCAGCUGUUCAGUGCUUUCUGUCUCUGAUAGGAAAUUAAGUGACCGCAUUUGUGAUUAAUGUCCUUGGAGUACCUCAAUAUAUUACUGAAGAUGGCUGGAGUUCAUUACCAUUUUGUAAUUUGGGAAAAUAUUGAAACAAUUUCUAACGAAUAUGGGCUAAGGAAUGGGAAAUAGCUGUUUGAAAACUGCUUAGAGAAAAUGUUUGCCAAAAUGAAUUGAAAGUGCAACCAACUACCCACCCCCUUUACGGCUCUUCAAGACGAGCAAAUGACCAUUAUUUCUUGAGGUUGUAACUUCUUUUUUUUUUCCCAAAUCAUUUUAAGUUGAACUUGGCUUUGUGUUUUAAUCAGGCACAGUUAGAUCUCUGUCUGAUCUGUCAUGUAAACUGCAGACCUCCGCUCAUCCAGACUACUUCCAAGUGUCAUUGAAUCAAUUACAUUAAAAAUUGCAUUUCUUAUUCUA